GCCGCCUUUGAGCCCCAUGCCAGUGCCGCCACCCAUGCCGAGACUGCCGCCUUGCGCACCCAGACCACCGCCCUUGAGUCCAGCACCAAGAGAUCCGCUGUGUCCAAGCCCGCCUGUGCCUCCACCCAAUUUCACGCCGCCGCUACUGAGUCUGCCACCUAGUCCCCCUCCAGAACCACCUGUGAGGCCCAUUCCCAAGCCACCAGAAUUCCGACUACCACCUACUCCCAGAGAACCACCGCCGAGUCCGCUGCCGAGUGAUCUUCCAGAACCUCCUUUUAUUUCAACUCCCAGGCCGCUAGAACCACCGCCUCCUCCCAUACGUAGGGAGCCGCCUUUCAUCCCCAGUCCUCCUCCCCCAGAACCGAGUCCCGCGCCACUUCCAAGCGAGCCUCCCCCAAGGCUACCACUGGUGCCCAUAGACCCUCUAGCUCCGCCACCUCUCAUUCCGACGCCGAGGCCACCAGAUCCGAGCCCGCCGCUUGCUCCCAUUGCACUACCAGAACCUCCUCUGGCUCCUAUACGAAGACCUCCUCCACUUCCCGCACUACCACCACUCAACCCCAAAGAUCCACCGCGAGAUCCUCCCGAUAGACUACCUCCCAUGCUUCUACCAGAUCCUAUUCCGCCCAUUCUGCCACCAAGAGAGGCGCCGUUCAUACCAAGAGAGCCGCCAUAG